CUCGGGCAAGCAGGCCUCUAUACGCCGGGCCUGGGCCACGAAUCUGCCUGCCUGGGAGCGGCGCGGGUGUAUGAGUAAUGUAGUCGGCGCCCUCCGACUGGCAGAGGCACUGAGCCUGCUGCCCCGGAUCAGCGCUCAAGGAAGGGCACCAUCACCACGUUCGUGCCGGUGAUGAAGCCGCUGCGGGCCGCCGUGGUCGUCUGCAUGCCGACGGUCUGCAUGACGUAGACGCUGCCGCACAGGAGCCCCAGUCCGACCGAGGGCAGGAUGAGCGCACGCCCGUCUUUCCACAGGCCUCUCCAGGCGAGCGGCAGCAGCAUCGCCGCCGCCAGUGCGAAGCUGGAGGCGCAAACAACUUGCAUGCUCGUGCCGUCCCUUCGUCCUCGAGAAGCGGCAGCCCACGAACGCAAACGGCGACGCGCCGGCGCUCAUGGCGGCCCGGAUGACAGGAUGAACGGGAAAGUCAGCCCCCACAUCGCCGACACCACGAGCAGCCCUGCCUCGGGGCUUCGCAGCUUCGCAGCCGCGCCCAUGGCGGCGGGGGGGGGGCAGGGAGGAGGAGGAGGAGGAGGAGGAGGAGGAGGAGGAGGCCUGCUCCCGAGCCCCGAGGCCUCCCCCCUCCUCGAGGAGCCAGGGGCGGCU